AUGGUUUCCGGGGCGAGACGGCGGAAGGAAGGUCUACUCCCGGAGUCGCGCUGCAAGCGUCGCGCGGCGGACCUUCUUUGCGGCAGCUCUCGGUGUCCCAAGUAGAUCAUCCCCUAUCGGCGGCCAGCGAGGAGGCAAGGGCACCGGAGGUGGACGGCAAUUACUGAAUCCCUACCUGGUCCCUGCCCUUGCAGCAUUUAUUGUCCAGUAGGAGAGACAUUCAGCCAUGCCUUUCUUUGAUAUACAGAAAAGGCUGGGCGUUGACUUAGACCGCUGGAUGUCAAUCCAAAGUGCUGAGCAGCCUCACAAGCUUUCAUCUCGGUGCCAUGCUUUUGAAAAAGAAUGGAUAGAAUGUGCACAUGGAAUCGGUUUUAUCCGUGCGGAGAAAGAGUGCAAGCUAGAAUAUGAUGAUUUUGUAGAAUGUCUGCUUCGGCAGAAAACGAUGAAACGUCUGAGCGCCAUCUUGAAGCAACGGGAUAAGCUAAUAAAGGAGGGAAAGUACACGCCUCCACCCCACCACUUGGGGAAGGAAGAUUCUAAGCUCUGAGCAGAGCAGCUGCUGAUGGCUGGGGCUGAUUUUCUUGUUUAUUCUUCUCCACUGGAAAGUUAACAUACUGACAACCUCUUUGUUAAAGUGUCUAAAAAUAAAGGAUUGCUUCAUUCUA